UAAAAGCCCUUUCAUUCUAUCCAAAAAGCUUUUUUGCGAAGGCCCGCCCUUUCUACAAAUCCAAAUUUCUUCCAAAAUUUCAUAAUCAAAGGAUUCCAUGAGCUUGUAAUUUUCACAGUAUUGUUGUUGUUGUUCAUAUAUCUGUAAUUACAUGGCAUGUCAUCAACUGUUACAUUGUCAAAUUCAAUCUAUGUGGAGGACUGUAUUUCACUUAGGGAGUAAGCUAAGCAAUUCCCAUUUCCGAAGGUUACAUCCCAUUUAUCCUCUAUCAACAUCUCUUCAUAAGGGUUACUGCAGGAUUUCAGAACCUAUUUAUGCCAAAAAUAUUGAUACAGACCAAGUAGUACGCAGAGAUGGGCUUUUUGAUACUCCUCAUACUGAAAUUAGGUCAACUAAUAUUGAUCCUUCCAAUGGCAAACUCAUGCUCAUCGACGGAACCUCAAUAAUAUACCGAGCUUAUUACAGAUUACUUGCUAAAUUGCACCACGGUCAUCUUUCACAUGCUGAUGGCAACGGUGAUUGGGUACUAACAAUAUUUACAGCAUUGUCACUUAUUAUUGAUGUUCUAGAAUUUCUCCCUUCACAUAUAGCGGUUGUUUUUGAUCAUGACGGAUUUUCACUUGGCCAUACGUCUCUUUCAACCAAACAAAAUUUUGUUGCAAAAGGCCUGAAUUUUCGUCACAAUAUGUAUCCCUCUUACAAGAGUAAUCGUUCUCCGACGCCUGAUACAAUUGUUCAAGGACUUCAAUUUUUGAAAGCUUCCCUCAAGGCCAUGUCUAUCAAGGUGAUUGAGGUGCCAGGUGUUGAAGCAGAUGAUGUAAUUGGAACCUUGGCUGUUAGAAGUGUUGAUGCUGGAUUCAAGGUACGAGUUGUUUCCCCGGAUAAAGAUUUUUUCCAGAUUCUAUCUCCAUCAUUACGCCUUCUACGAAUAGCUCCUCGUGGGUUUGAGAUGGUCUCAUUUGGAAUGGAGGAGUUUGCUGAAAAAUAUGGAGGACUGAAACCUUCUCAGUUUGUUGAUUUGACCUCACUUAUGGGUGAUAAAUCUGAUAACAUACCAGGAGUUCACGGGAUUGGAGAUGUACAUGCUAUUCAACUUAUUGCAAAAUUUGGUACACUAGAAAAUUUGUUAGAAUGUGUUGAACAAGUUGAGGAGGAGCGAAUUAGGAAGGCAUUGCUGUCCGAUGCAGAGCUGGCUAGACUUAGCAAGGAUCUAGCAAUACUACGAUGUGAUCUUCCAUCCUACAUGGUUCCUUUUGUCCCUGAUGACUUGAUAUUUGAGAAACCAGAGGAUGGUGGGGAGAAAUUUACUAGCCUCUUAACAGCUAUUAGUGCUUAUGCGGAAGGAUUUUCCGCAGAUAACAUAAUUAGAAGAGCUUUGUAUUUGUGGAAGAAACUUGAGAAACAAACUGUAGAUACCAUUCACCAAAAAGUUGUAUCAGCUGAUAAGAGACUCGAGUCUUGAAAACUGAUGAUGAUGUAAAGAGUUCCCGAUUCUGUCUAUAGCUUUUUUUGGCUGUACUUGUAUUAUAGUGAGAUAUUAAAGAGUAGUUUAGCAGUGUAAUUGCUUCUUUUUUUUUUGGAAAUCUCUGGGAAACACACAACCUCUACCGUUCAGGUGAGCAUUCUGUAGUAUGCACUUUGUGGUAAAAUGCUCACUAGGCAAGCUCCAUGUAACAAGCUCAUCUCUUCUUCAAACUCUCUAUGUAACUCCUAAAAUAUGAAGGUUGUAGAUGGAUUACAUGUAAAUGAUUCCUUCGUUUGUCAACUAGAAUAGCUGCAAUUGACAUGGUA